AUGGACAUCGCGGAGUACGUCGCGUUCAUGGACGGCGGCGGCCGGGGCCCGCGGGGUGACGAGCUGCGGCGGCGGGCCAGGGAGCACCUGCUCGCGUCCGGCUGGACCCUCUACAAGUUCGCCAAGUGCGACGGCCGCCAGGAGCUCCGCUACCGGGCGCCCCACGGCGCCUCCUACAUCUCCCUCAUCGUCGCCUGCAAGAAGUUCCAGCUCUUCACCACCGCGCCGCCGAGGACCCCCGCGGCCGCUCGCGGGAAGCCGCGUAGGAAGAGGAGCGCGUCGCCGGGUUGUUCGUCCGGGAAGGGGAUGGGGAAGGAGAUCGCUCGUGUGAUAGGCCCGAUCGGUGCGGAAAAUGGCGGCUGUAAGAGGGGGUUUGGCGACGGCGAGGAGGACGGGUGUGGGCCGGCCGUCGGCAAUCCGUUCGCCGGCGAGUGCCGCGCGAGGCACAGGAAGGUGAGGAGGGUCUCCGCGCUCUACGCCGACGACGCCCUCCAGAAGUACGCCGCCAAGAAGAGGAAGAAAGCGUCGGCGUCGGCGUCUCCCGCGGCGUCUCCCCAAAGCUCUGCGUCUCCCGCGGCGUCUCCCCAAAGCUCUGCGUCUCCCGCGGCGUCGCCGUCGCGCGUGCUGCGGCCGAGGCCCAAAGACGGCGACAAGGCAGAGGCGGCGGCGGCGUGCCGGCCGACCCGCGCGAGGACGAUCCUCGCGGUGCUCAUGGACAAGAAAAUCUUCCCCCCGACGGCCAAGAUGUCCUACAAGCGAUCCAGGGACGAGCCUCCGGCGAAGCAGGGCACGGUCACCGCGCAAGGGACCAUACGGUGCGCGUGCGGCUGCGGCGGCAAGGCCUUCACCGUGGCGGAGUUCGCGGCGCACGCUGGCGGCGGAUGCGGCGAUGACCGCCCGUCGGCGAGCGUGUACCUCAACGACGGCAGGUCGCUGUCGCAGUGUCUGGUGCAGCUGAUGCGCGCCCACGGCGGCGGCAGCAGCAGGGCCAUGGGCUCGCCGUCGCCGCGCGCGAGGCUGAAGCGCAGAUGCCCGCCCGAGCUGGGGGACGGCGACUGGGUGUGCUCCGUCUGCGCCGACUUCGGUGACAUGCUGAUCUGCGACUGCUGCCCGUCGACGUUCCACCACGGCUGCGUCGGCCUCGACGCCACCCCGCACGGGGAGUGGUUCUGCCCUUCCUGCCGGUGCGCCGUCUGCGGCUCCAGCGAGUUCGAGCUCGACGACGGCCAGUUCACCGACAAGACGGUGAUCUACUGCGACCAAUGCGAGCGAGAGUAUCAUGCCGGCUGCGUCAGGGGCAGGGGCGACCAGCUCGAGUGCUGCCCGGAAGGGCCAUGGCUCUGCGGCCAUGACUGCUCGAACAUUUUCCAGCGUCUGCAAGGGCUGGUUGGCAGAUCAAUGCCUACAUCAGCGGAAGGCGUGACCUUCACCGUGUUGAGAUCAACGAAGCUCCCCGAGGAGGAGGCCAUGGCGGCGGAGGAGCACGGGAAGCUGUGCGCGGCGUUCGACGUGCUCCAUGAAUGCUUCAUCACCCUCAUCGAGCCGCAGACGCGGACCGACCUCAGCCACGACAUCGUCUUCAACAGAGAAUCGGAGCUGAGACGGCUAAAUUUCCGGGGAUUCUACGUGGUCGGUCUCGAGAAAGGCGGCGAGCUCAUAACCGUGGGCACGCUCAGGGUGUACGGGAGGAAGGUCGCGGAGCUGCCGCUCGUCGGGACCCGGUUCGUGCAUCGCCGGCAAGGGAUGUGCCGCCUCCUCAUAAACCAACUGGAGAAGUUGCUUGGCGAGUUAGGGGUGGAGAGGCUCGUGCUGCCGGCGGUGCCCGAGCUUCUACCGACAUGGACCGGAUCCUUCGGUUUCCAGGCCAUGAGCCAUUCCGACAGGAUGGAGAUCGCGGAGCACACCGUCAUGUGCUUUCAGGGAACCACAAUGUGCCACAAGUUCAUCGUCAGCGCCGCGACUCCAUGA